AACAAUUAAUUUCAAUUCUCGGUCCUAGUCAAGUGGCUGUCAUCUCACAGGCUGAUAAAAGUAAAGUGCCUCUCGGACUUACAGCUGCCAAACAUCAAGCACCGAUAUUGAUGCAUUUAGAGUACCGAGUUCUAUUGCCCUAUCAUGAUUAGGUGGUAGCACCACAACACAAGCUCAUUCCAAGCGUUUACGCUGGAAUAAUUGUUCAAGACGACAAGAUCGGCGACCCUAAAUCGGUCUCGUAUUCCGGACCCACGUAUAUCGCCAUUCGCAGCGCCAAACACUGUUCAAGCAAUGCAGCAACUAACGCUUUUGACUUUGAAAAUCUUUUAAAUGUGGAAUCAUUUGAACCGAUAUUUUAUGGUGAAAACAUUAAUAAAAAUAACAAUUACUAUUAUAUGUAAUAUUCUAAGUUAAUUGAAAUAUUUUUUACAGAUGAAAAAAGCAAUAGCGGAAAAAUCAAACCGGUGGUAGCAAUUAUGACAGAUGGCGGGCCGGAUGAAAAUCCGUGCUAUGCGAAAGUAAUUGCCCAAGCUAUAAACGACUUUAAAAAAUAUGACUUAGAUGCUAUGUUUAAAAUCACAAACUCUCCAGGACGCAGUUGCUAUAAUCGUGUCGAGAGACGAAUGGCGCCUAUAAGCCGUGAAUUAUCCGCCCUAAUACUGCCUCAUGACCAUUACGGCACUCACCUCGGCAACGGUUCUAAAACAAUUGAUGUGGAUCUCGAAUUAAAAAACUUUGAAUUCGCUGGAAAAGCACUUGCAGAAGUCUGGAGUAGUAUGGUUAUAGACCAGUAUCCAGUUACUGCGGAGUAUGUCAGUCCAGAUUGUAUAGCUUCCGAUCCAGAACCUGUAUCUCCUGAAUGGUUUAAUACACAUGUUCAAGAAAGCCAAUACUUCUUGCAGAUUGUAAAGUGCAUUGACAGAGAUUGCUGUGGUGACUGGAGAAGCAGUUUAAAAGAUGUUCUACCUCUGAGCAAUCGAUUUCUUCCAUCACCCUUCCCGCUACACAGAACUAAUUUGGGUACACUUGAGAUUCCCAGUCCAAAAGACAACAACGUAACUAAACAUAGUUUUCAUGACCUCUGUCUGAAUCAGGCUAUUGCUAUAAAACCAGUGACAGCAAAUGGUUUCAAGGUUCCACAUGACUAUUAUUGUCCGUCAGUACGCGAUCAGGUGUAAGAUAGAACCUGUGAAUUUAUGCACAAUGACUUGACACCAAUUGCUAAGCAAAAAGUAAAAAAAAAACUUGCGAAACGGAAAAAUGAGGUAUUAUGCGAAGUGCAUUCAAUGAGAUCUGAUUCACC